AUGAGCAAUCCACUCGAGACACCCGCGCUACUGCGGCUCCUUCUUCAGCUCCUACCUGUAUCGACCUCCUCGCCACUCCCGCAACCCACCGACGCAAUCGCCGCGUUGGUCCAUGCUAUCCACACCGCGCUCCAAUUCCGCCUCAUCCCAGGUUCGACACCCUCCACUGCUGGUCAAGGCGUCGCUGCUGCUGGGAACCGAGGCGAGAACGACGACGAUGCGGCUUCCGAGACAGCUACCGCGGUGGAACAGGGCGAGGACGCGGAAGCGCCAGAAGGAAGGCUGCCUGAGGGUUGGAACAGCCGGGGAGAGGACUCCUACGCGUUUGAGUACCGGCACGAACAGAGCUCGAUGACUUUCCGCAUCAGAGUAGGGAGAAUGGGUGGGCGAGUCCAGAUUGACGCUAUGGCAGCGGACGGAGCGCCAAAUACCCUAUCCUUUGUCUUGGGCGACGUUUUGACUCCGCCUGCCUUCCCUAUACCCAGCUCUGCGACAGGUGCUGGAUCAUCUUCGAGCUCGACCGAAGCUCCUGCCAAGUCAUUGGGCUUCAAUGUCAAGGACUUUGUCGAACGCUAUGUACGGGAAGUGAUCACCAAACUUCUUCCAGGGCUACGGGUGCCGGGCUACAGCGAGCCAACCCAGCAAUCCGGGUCCAAUCCCUGCAACCCCCCUCCUCCUCAGCCGUCUCAUCAACCCCCUCCAGCCCACCCAAACCCCCUCAUCGACCCCAUGCACCCAGGUAUGGGUCGUCCCUCGGUCGGGCAGCGCGAUCUCGACCCGCUGGCGAACCUUGGCGGACCCGGCGCAUUCAAUCCCGGCGGAGGCGGGAUGUACAUGGACUUCAAUGAUCCGCUUUUUGACGGCCGUCGAGGUGCGGGCAGGAUGGACAUGGGUCCGGGCGGCAUGAUGAACCCUCCAGGAGCUCGCUGGGAUCCCGUCGGGCCAGGCAUGGGCGGACCGGGACCUAUGGGCGGUAGAUUCCCUGGAGGAGGCGGGAAUCCGCUCAAUGGUGUAGGGAGGGGAGACUAUGGGUUCGGAGAUGAGAUGCCUCCCCCAGGAGAGUUUGGGCCGGACAUGGGUACCGGGGGACCGAUGGGACCUGGUGGGAGAGGCGGAUUUGGCGGUGGUCGAGGUGGGCUCGGAGGGCCGGGCUAUGGUGGUAUGGGCGGACAAGGGGGCGGCGGCGGAAGAUUCGGAGGGGGCGGUAUGGGUGGAUUUGGCGGCGGCGGCAUGUUCAUGUAG